AUCACACUGCAAACAACACUUUACAUAUUUAUCAACUUGGCUUCUCACAAGGAAGUCUUAUUCUCUCUAUCUCUAUCUCUCUUGGAAAUAGGUAACAAAUUCAGCAAUGUCCGGAGAACUAGGAGUGCUAAAUGCACUCGAUGUGGCAAAGACACAAUUGUACCAUUUCACUACAAUUGUGAUAGCUGGAAUGGGUUUCUUCACUGAUGCCUAUGAUCUUUUCUGCAUUUCCCUUGUCACAAGAUUACUAGGGAGAAUCUAUUACACAGUACCUGAUGCACCAAAACCAGGAACACUUCCACCAAAUGUUCAAGCCGCUGUAACCGGUGUCGCGCUAUGUGGAACACUAGCCGGCCAACUAUUCUUCGGUUGGCUCGGGGACAAACUUGGAAGAAAAAAGGUUUACGGUUUAACACUUAUUCUCAUGGUUGUUUGUUCUGUUGCUUCAGGUCUUUCUUUGGGAUCAAGUCCCAAAGCUGUUAUGGCAACACUUUGUUUCUUUAGGUUUUGGCUUGGUUUCGGAAUUGGUGGUGAUUACCCUCUUUCCGCUACUAUUAUGUCUGAAUACGCUAACAAAAAGACGCGAGGCGCGUUUAUAGCUGCUGUUUUCGCUAUGCAAGGGUUUGGUAUCUUAGGUGGUGGGAUCGUUGCGUUGAUCGUGGCUUCUGCGUUCGAUCACAAAUAUAAUGUUCCUUCUUAUAAAGAAAAUCCAGCCGCAUCGUUGUUAUUGCCUCAAUUUGAUUAUGUUUGGAGACUUAUUCUUAUGUUUGGUGCUCUUCCGGCUGCAUUGACGUACUACUGGCGUAUGCAAAUGCCUGAAACUGCUCGUUACACGGCUCUCGUGGCUAAGAAUGCGAAACAGGUUGCUUUGGAUAUGUCGAAGGUUUUGCAAGUUGAAAUUGAAGUUGAAGAGGAAAAGGUGGAAAAAUAUACGGGCAGCCAAAGGAAUAGUUAUGGCUUGUUCAGCAAGGAAUUCGCGAAAAGACAUGGUUUGCAUUUGAUUGGAACAUGUAGUACUUGGUUUUUGUUGGAUAUUGCUUUCUAUAGUCAGAAUCUUUUCCAAAAGGAUAUUUUUAGCGCGAUUGGUUGGAUUCCUCCGGCAGCAGAAAUGAGUGCAAUUCACGAGGUUUACAAGAUUGCGAGAGCGCAAACACUUAUCGCGUUGUUUAGUACUGUUCCUGGUUACUGGUUCACCGUAGCGCUAAUUGAUUACAUGGGUCGUUUCGCUAUUCAACUGAUGGGAUUCUUCUUCAUGACUGUUUUCAUGUUUGCUCUUGCUAUACCAUAUGAUCAUUGGAGCCAUAAAGAAAACAGAAUUGGGUUUGUUGUGAUGUACUCGCUCACGUUCUUCUUUGCUAAUUUCGGUCCAAAUGCUACAACAUUUGUUGUUCCGGCCGAGAUUUUUCCAGCUCGGUUAAGGUCUACUUGUCACGGAAUCUCAGCCGCUGCAGGAAAGGCUGGAGCGAUUGUUGGCGCUUUUGGAUUCUUAUAUGCUGCACAAAGUAAAGAUCCUGCAAAGACUGACAAGGGAUAUCCAACUGGUAUUGGGAUUAAGAACUCGCUUAUUAUGCUCGGUGUGAUCAACUUCGCUGGGAUGCUGUUCACUUUACUUGUUCCAGAAUCAAAGGGGAAAUCGUUGGAGGAGUUGAGUGGAGAGAACGAAGGAAACGAUGACGUGAAGGCCGCUGGUGAGCGAGACGGAUCAGGGCUUCAAACUGCAGCAACAGUAUAGACUGCAGUUUGCGGCGACCAGUGUGAUUUUAAGAUAUCUCAAAUACUUGUUUUCAUGUGGUUCUAUAACUUUAGAACAAAAGAAGAUUGAAAAAUAAUUUGUGUGAGCACUAUAAAGUCUGUUGCAGCCGCAUGCGGUCGGUAUUGGGAUAAUUUCAGUUUUUUUCAUGUUAGUUUUCUACAAAGUGAUUUGAAUGAUGUUGUUUGAACAUUUCUAAACUAGUUAUUGGUUUGUUGUAUUCACAAUAAUGAUGUAGCUCUUUGCUUCUUGGUGUAAGAACAAAUACUAUCUAUGUAAUGUACUAUUGUAUAAUUGAUUUUAGUCGUUGUUUGAAAUUGUGUUAAUAUGUAUUUACUUUCCUUUCUCAUUCAAUCACAAGUCUUCAUAUUGUUACA